AGAUAUCCUUGAGUCAUUUUAAAAACAUUAAGAAGAAGGAUCAGCUUUGCGUGAGACUGAAAACACGCGACAGUGAAUUGGAAUUAAGAGAGUCUGAAUAUUAAAAUAACAGAAGAAAAGAAAACAAAAGGACUGAGAAUGGCAGUCCAUCAAUCCCAUCAACCAUUACCUGUUUCUGACCUUCAGCGUGUUCUUUGGUGCCACAGAGGAUCUACUGGUCAUGUCAACCAAGUGUGGCCAAGACUCUACCUUGGAGAUGCGUUUACAGCUAGAGAUAAAGCAGCUCUGCGCGAGAUGGGCAUCACUCAUGUUCUGAAUGCUGCCUCUGGGAAGUUUCAAAUCAACACUGGACCAGAAUAUUACAGAGACCUCAACAUUGAUUACUAUGGCAUAGAAGCAUUUGAUGACCAACAUUUUGAUCUCAGUGCCUACUUUUAUCCAGCAGCACACUUUAUAAAAGCAGGUCUACAAUCUUCCAAAGGAAAAGUGUUUGUGCAUUGUGCAAUGGGAAUAAGCCGUGCUGCCUCUCUUGUCCUUGCAUUUCUAAUGAUCUCUGAGGGUCUUUCUCUUCUGGAUGCCCUUAGAAGUGUGAGUGAACAUCGAGACAUCUCACCCAACCAUGGUUUUCUGGAACAGUUACGUCAACUGGAUAUAAAGCUGGCAGGCAAGGGAAGGUCUUUGAGUAGUGAGGGCAAAAUUUGAGCUAAUGAAGUCCAGAAAUACAAAAUCUUCCAACUCUUUUACUUCUAAUGGAACUGCCAAGACACCUGUAUUGGUAGCAAAUUGAAAAACAUUAUACAUAAGGAAACAGAUCUCUUUAUUAAGGGCUAUCACAAGAAAUGUGCAAAAAUACAUAAACAAUACAAAAUAUAACAAAAAUAUUAAAUAUUAACUUAGAACUGAAGAAACACAUGAUAAUUACUCAUGAGCCUUUACAUUGCUAUAACAAAUGAACAAAAAUACCAUUAUAGUCAUAAAUGAGAAAUGAGAAAAGCUCUUGUACAUUGCUUGGAAGACAAGAUUGUGUGACCUAUGGUCAGUAAAAGUAAAUAUGUGGCUUCCAAACAGCAUUGACAUGCUUUGAAUCAAGGAUGUUACAUAAGCAGUAAUUUACAAAUAUGUUGAAAUGUUUUUACAAAGAUCUGAGUUCUUAUUGUAACUAUUUUUGUGUAUGUAGCUUUGAAUAAACCAAAGUAACAAUAAUUAGUAACUGCCAGAUCCAUUUGUGCACUGACAAAGUAUGUUGAACCAUUUAGAUCUGGGUUCUUUUAUUACAUUUUGUAAGAAUUUACCAUUUUAGAAUAGACAACAUUUUGUUUUAUCGGAACUCAAAUCACUCAAUGAGUAAAAUUCAUAUACAGAGGGAUGUUUCUGGGUCUGCUGCUAUCUAAGGUAGGUUGGUGCUAGUAUAGAAAGAACAUGUCUUGUUUCUAUAGUUGUAUGGUGUUUUGUUUAUAAACAAAAAGCAGCUUUAGGGAGAAAAUUACAUUGCUUUGUCUGAUUAAUAUUAUAAUUAUAACUAAUUUCCUCACUUUUACUCUUCUAUUCUAUUAUGUUAAGGAACCCCCUAUGCCCCCAGGAUUUAACCCUACCAUUCAAUUAAAACACAGAGACA